AGUUGCAAGUCAUUUCAUCUUCACGCGAUUCCCAUUCGGUUGUAGAUUCAGCGAAGCACUGCUCUUGUUAGGGCUAGUGUUAGCAAAUUCUCUCAGGCUUGGAGCCCCGUGAGCUCGCCUACACUGCCCUACACAUCCGGUGAAGCCAGAACCGCACGAGGCUACAGACAGUAAGCUCACAGACUUCCACUGCUGGACGUAGGCCUCCUUCAAGGUCGCCACAAUAACCGGUUCUGGGCAGCUUGAAUUCAGCGGAUUCCAGCGAUCUAUAGCAGUUCAUCGGUCUACUAGAACUAAGAACAGCCGUUGAGUUUGGAAUAUAAUUUUCAAGGCACUAAACAAGAAUGCCAUCCGAGAAAGACCUUAUCAUAGAUGACAAUGAGGACUUCGAAAACGACCUGAGCGACAUACCCAAAACUAGAAAUAUUUAUGAUAAGCAAUCGGACUUUCAGAUAAAGAUUAAACCCGACCACCUGCCCGAGAAGAUAGAUGAAGAUGAAAAAAUAAUAAUCGAUUGGGAAACAACAUCUCUAAUUAAAAGCGAAGAUUCGUUAUCAACGCCGAGAAGGAUUAGGCGAAGCAAGCGCAGCACUAGAAAUGCGAAGCUAAGCGUCAUCUUGAGGUCAUCUAAGCGUCAUAUAAACGUUAUCUAAAGGUAUCGGUUAACUUCGACUCCAACAGCAAUCAUAAUGUAAUGUCGGAUAAUACAGGCUACCGGUUUUAAUUUUAGCGUAGUGACUUCUACAAAUGUAUGUGGAAAUUAAUUAUUAAACUAAUGUCGGUCUGGUUUAUUUACGUCAUGGCAUUGUUUAGUCUGUCGGUGUCAGUUGGUGUUAACGCGUCUUCCGGGGAAAAACAUUUAAGAGUCUUAAAUAUGUGUAUUCUAUGAUUACGGUGUAGAAGAUUACUUACCGUAGAUUAAGGGAAAACCGGACCCUUUUUUUUAUUUAUUGCUUAGAUGGAUGAACGAGCUCACAGCCCACCUGGUGAUUACUGGAGCCCAUAGACA